AUAUUAGACAGUUGGGUCUAAAAGUAAUGACAGGAUCGUUGUGGAUCUCUUGGAUCCAUGUUAGUUAUCACUUUUAAUUUUUACAAUAUACUGUACAGCAUAGAAUGUCGUUACUAUUAUGAAUAAAUAUUCGCAAUUCUAUGAUUGCAUUUAGCGCCGCCUAUCGUCAACAUUUGAACUAAAUUUCGGCCCACCUACAUCUUACUCUAUGGCCAUUAAGGAAUACAAAGUUGCAUAACUACGUGAAUUCAAUUACUAAAAACGUAUCAAAUAUGGCUAAGCAAAUAAGAAUGGUAUUAAUAGAUCUCAGUGGGACAUUGCACAUUGAUAAUACUGCAAUUCCAGGUGCAGUGGAGGCUCUAACCAGGCUACGAAGUGCCAAUAUACCAGUCAAAUUUGUUACAAACACAACGAAAGAAUCCAGUAAUUUUUUACACAACCGAUUGAUAAAACUCGGCUUCGAUAUUAAGAAGGAGGAGAUCUUUAGUUCCUUGGCUGCAGCGAGAAGAUUAAUAAUUUCCCGGAAACUAAAUCCGAUGCUAUUAAUUGAUUCCGCUGCAAACGAAGAUUUCGAAGAUUUGAUAAAAAAUGAUAAUGAACAAAAUGCUGUAGUAGUUGGGCUGGCACCGGAUAAAUUUCAUUAUGAGGAAUUAAAUAAGGCAUUUAGAUUAUUAUUAGAUGGAGCAUCACUUAUAGCAAUUCAUAAAGGACGGUAUUAUAAGAGAGGAGAUGGCUUAAGUUUAGGACCUGGAGCAUUUAUUGCUGGGUUGGAAUAUUCUGCCAAUGUCAAGGCAGAAGUUGUAGGCAAACCAACUGCAGAAUUCUUCAAAGCUGCUUUGGAAAAUGUUCCACCAGAAGAAGCUGUUAUGAUUGGCGAUGAUGUCAAAGAUGAUGUAGCUGGUGCUCAGGCCAUAGGUAUCAGAGGUCUUUUAGUACAAACUGGAAAGUACAGAGAGGGUGAUGAAAAUACAAUACAACCACCACCUACAAAAGUCUGCAGCUCUUUUGUACAAGCUGUUGAAUAUAUUCUUAAAAAAGAAGAAUGAGAUAAAUUAGAAUCUACAAAAUAUGCAUAACUCAUGUAAUUCAUGGGUUACAGGAUUUUCAUACUUUGCAGACUUGAUUAUAAUUACAUAAACGCCUACUAUUGAAUUAUUUCUUUAAGCUGUUAAUAAUAUACACAUGGACAUAUAUAUACAGUUAUAUAAAUUAUUCUGUAUUAAAUUAGAUAUUUUAUUUAAAUAUUAAUCAUUCUGUAAUGGUGUACAUGAUCUGGAGUAAUUUCACAAUACAAAGUAGACGGUAAUUACAAAGAAA